AUGGUGUACAGAACAGCUCAGCGUUUUGCUUCUUUGGGGGGCCCUUCAUCGCCUUCUGCGUUUGAGGGUAUAAAGGUAGACCUCACCCACCUCACCGUCGCCCACGCCCAGCUCCUCGUGCUGCGGGCUGCUGCAGCACGCCUAGACGCGCUGCUGCCCCCCCAGCAGCAGCAGCAGCAGCAGCAGCAGCAACAGCAGCAGCAGCAGCAGCAGGAGGAGGAGCAGGCGGCAGUGGGUUAG